CUCUCCUUUCUCCUCUUGUUUCUUCCGCUCUUAAGCAGCGUUACUUUUCUUCCGAUCUCGUCAACAUGGAGCGAGUCUAGCUGUUGACCUUUGUACGCCAGAUUGCCCAUCGCCUCCCACUCCCGUCAGAUCUAUACUAUUUACUAUUAUACCCCGUCUGCAGUCCGCCCGUCUUCCCAGCAAUUCGGGUACCCAUCGGGACGAUUUUUGCCGGCCGUUUCUCGCUGCUUGCAUUCCUCCACUUCCCCUAUUCCCGAGCAGAGAGGAAGCAACAGGGUGGUUGGUCGUACCUGGGGCUAGCUUAUGUAUUACGACCUCCAAGGCCUUAGGUUCUUUGCUUCUAAUCACUAUAUGGAAUAGUGCCGCGUGAAUCCUCGGGGCUUUUCCAUGAGUGACAGACCUAGGAACGCCUGACAGUUCCACCCGCUAAUCUCCAUCGGGUCCCAGACUGUAACCAAGGGGGGACGUUGUAGCCAGCGAGAUCGGAUCAAUGACACAAACAGAUGAACGGUUCGCCAACGAGACUUCCCCUUUGGUGGGAGCAUCUGACAAUAAUGAAGUGCCUUCGAUGUCAAACAAUGGGGAUCAUAACGGGGCCAGCAGGGCUGAAGACCCCCACCAUCUUUCGGAGACAAAGAGCAGCUGGUACCUGUUUCUGCUGACGCUAAGCAUUGGGGGCCUCCAGGUCGUGUGGUCCACCGAGCUAUCAAAUGGAUCGCCCUACCUUCUGUCGCUUGGAAUGAGCAAGGCUUUACUUGCAUUCGUCUGGAUUGCUGGUCCCUUGACGGGUACUUUGGUUCAGCCAUAUAUUGGCAUCUGCAGCGAUAAUUGCCGUAUAUCAUGGGGUAAAAGAAAACCGUUCAUGGUAGUAGGCGGUGCGGCAACCGUUGUUUCUUUGCUUGCCCUCGCCUGGGUCAAGGAGAUCACAGGCGGUCUUCUUGGAAUAUUUGGCGUCGGUCCAACCUCCAGUGCGACGCAGACGGUGGUCAUUGUGUUUGCCACCAUCUUGAUGUACUGUCUGGACUUCUCCGUAAAUACUGUGCAAGCAGGUAUCCGGUGCUUUAUUGUGGAUAAUGCACCGCCACACCAGCAAGAGUCGGCAAAUGCUUGGGCAAGCCGGCUAACUGGCGUCGGUAACAUUCUUGGCUACAUUUUUGGAUACAUGGACCUACCCAAGUUCUUUCCGUUUUUGGGAAACACGCAAUUCAAAGUGCUAUGUGCCCUGGCGUCUGUCGCACUUUUCAUCACCUUGUUAGUUAGUUGCCUAUACAUCAAGGAACGUGACCCGCGUCUCGAGGGACCAGCUCCGUCCGGCAAUCCUGGCCUUGUUGCCUUUUUUCGACACGUCUUCAAGUCGAUCAAACAUUUGCCACCCCAGAUUGCCAAAGUCUGUGAAGUCCAGCUGGCUGCGUGGGUCGGUUGGUUCCCCUUUCUCUUCUAUUCUACGACAUACAUCGGGCAACUCUAUGUCAAUCCGCUUUUCGAAGGGCAUCCGGGUCUCUCAGACGAUGACAUCAACAAGGCGUGGGAGGAAGCUACUAGAAUCGGAACAUUCGCCCUUCUCGUCUAUGCCAUCAUCUCUUUUGGCACCAACUUGACCCUGCCCCUGCUGGUUGUCCCUUCUUACAAGCCCGUGGCUUCCCCCGAGACCGUCUCCAACGAGAGUCAGGCGGACGAAGAGCCAUUCCUAAGCCGAAGGGUCUCCAUCUCCUCGAUUGGCACAACGAUGGAAGCGCCCAUAAACCUCGCGGGAGCUACGAAGGGCGAAUCCGAGGAGGACCAGGGAUGGCUGUCAAGGCUCCAGAUCCCCGGGUUUACCCUUCGCCGAGCCUGGCUUCUGUCGCACGUGCUCUUUGCUGUUUGUAUGUUCAGCACGUUUUUCAUCUACUCGUAUCAAGCCGCGACGGUGGUGAUCGGGAUCGUUGGUAUCUCAUGGGCAUUGACGCUUUGGGCACCCUUUGCCCUGAUCUCUGCGGAGGUGGCGCGCAUUGACGCAGAACAUCGGAUGCGGCGACAUCAAACCGAGAGCGCACUGCCCGAUGAGCAUUCCCCACACGGUGCCAGCAUCCCGGCCAUCGCCGCGAGGGAUGACGGAGAUUUAGAGACCGGGUCAGCUGUCGGGACCAGCAAGGGGGGCGAAGGAGAGGCUGGGGGCGAGGAAAACCUAGCCCAGGCGGGCAUUAUCCUGGGGCUGCACAACGUGGCAGUCUCGGCGCCUCAGAUCCUAUCCAGCUUGAUCUCAAGCGCCAUCUUCAAGGCGCUACAGAAGCCUCGAGGUGAACCGUGGGACGACAGCGUAGGGUGGGUGUUGAGAUUUGGAGGCUGCGCGGCGGUGCUGGCGGCCUGGCUGGCUAGUCGGCUGGCGGAGGGGACUCGGGGAGUCCAUGCGUCCCCGUAG